AUGGCAGUGGCGUUGGAUGCAGUGUGGGUGCGAGUGAAGGGAGUGUGUAAACAGAACGGCCUGCUCAUCCUCUCGGUGCUGGCUGUUGUUAUCGGAUGCCUGCUCGGAUUCUUUCUGCGCUCCAAGAACCUCUCAGAGCAGGAGGUGAAAUACUUCCAGUUCCCUGGAGAGCUGCUGAUGAGGAUGUUAAAGAUGUUGAUAUUGCCUCUGGUUGUGUCCAGUUUGAUGUCGGGUCUGGCAGCGCUGGAUGCCAAAUGUUCCAGUCGGCUGGGCCUCAUCACGGUCUCUUACUACCUAUGGACCACCUUCCUGGCCGUGGUGGUGGGCAUUGUCAUGGUGUCCAUCAUCCACCCUGGUGGAAUGGCACAGAAAGAAGACUCAGAGGACAGCGGGAAACCCAUCAUGAGUUCUGCUGACGCCCUGCUUGACCUCAUACGAAACAUGUUUCCAGCUAACCUUGUUCAAGCCACAUUUCAACAGUAUCGUACCAAUAGUGUGCCCAUAAUGAAGAGCCCGAAGACGACAGUGGCCACCGGUCUGACGGAGACCACCACUCGCCGCGCUCUUAUCUACGGCAUUCAGGAUGAUAAUGGGACGGAUAUUCAGAACUUUCAGUUGGAUUUGACUCCGCCUCCUGACGUUGUAUUCCGAACUCUUCCUGGCACCAGUGAGGGCAUGAAUGUGCUAGGCAUCGUCAUUUUCUCAGCCACCAUGGGCAUAAUGUUGGGCAGAAUGGGUCCAAAUGGCAGCGCUCUGGUGAACUUUUGCCAGAGUCUCAAUGAAGCUGUGCUGAAAAUUGUCGCUAUAGUUAUCUGGUAUUUCCCAUUUGGUAUCGUGUUCCUGGUUGCCGGGAAGAUUCUGGAGAUGAGCGACCCGUCAGCGAUGGGGAAGAAGCUGGGCUUUUAUGCCAUCACUGUGGUGAUGGGCCUCAUUCUACAUGGCCUCUUCAUCCUGCCCAGCAUGUACUUCUUUAUCACCAAGAAGAGUCCCAUCGUCUACAUCAGAGGAAUCCUGCAGGCCCUGCUCAUCUCUCUGGCCACAUCAUCCAGUUCAGCCACACUGCCUAUCACCUUCAAGUGCCUGCUGGAGAACAAUCACAUCGACCGGCGGAUCAUUCGUUUCGUGCUGCCUGUAGGGGCCACCAUCAACAUGGACGGCACUGCUCUCUACGAGGCUGUCGCAGCCAUUUUUAUUGCCCAGGUCAACAACUAUGAGCUUGACUUCGGCCAAAUCAUCACAAUCAGUAUUACAGCGACAGCAGCAAGCAUUGGUGCUGCCGGAAUCCCACAGGCUGGCUUGGUCACCAUGGUAAUAGUGUUGACAUCUGUCGGCCUGCCUACUGAUGACAUCACUCUCAUUAUCGCUGUCGAUUGGGCCUUAGACAGAUUUCGCACCAUGGUCAAUGUGAUGGGAGAUGCUCUGGCUACAGGAAUCAUGGCUCAUAUCUGCAGAAAAGACUUCAUCAAAGAGGGAGAUGGGGUUAGGGUUCCUCUCAUUUGUGAAACGAAACCCAUGAACAAUCAGACCUUGCCUAACUGUCAACAGAGCAAUGGUAGUUUCCAGUCUCCUCCGCCAGGGGGCAAACCUGAGCAUAUCCCUCCAGAUGUGGCCCGCCUCAUGCAGCUGGAAGAAGGUGUACGUCCGCCACCUCCAGAGCAGAAAAAGCCCCCUGUACCUCCUCGCCACCUCAAACACAGAGACAAGGACCAUUGUGCUGUCGACAUGAAUGGUCUUGAGACGAACGUAUAG